AUGAGUGGAUUGGCUCCAGGUGACAGUAAUACAAGUGAAACAGCCGCUUCGAUUUCUGAAGCUGAAGACGUGAAAAUGUUUCAAGCAGCAAGAAGAAAUGGUCGACGAAAUGCUCUUGGUGACCUUAGUGAACAUUUAUCUCAAGUCGAACAAGGAAUUUCAUCGUCUGAAGUGGACAAAAUGGCACCUCAUUUUCAGUCGAUGUCAAUUAAACAAUGA